UAAAUCAGAAAGAAAUUCAAUGUGAUAUAAGUAAUAAAGUAUAUAUUAUACCAAGUACAACAACAGUUAGUAAAACUUAUACAGUCGAUCCAUCAAUUAGAACAUAUACAUGUAUUGCUAUGCUUGGAGGAUUACCUUGUAAACACCAAGCUACUGUUGCCGUUAAAUAUCAUGAAGCAUUAUUUAAUUUUAUUUUCGCUCUUUCUAUUGAUAACUAUAUGACUUAUCGCUAUAUUGCCUGUAGGACUAUUGCAAAAGAUUCCACAUUUUAUGCAUCUUUGCGUACACCUAUUAUGCAAAAAAAUACUCAAAUGACUGAAAAAGUUAUACAAAAUGUUGAUCUCAUUUAUAAUGAUAGUAACAACGAUAUACCUACUGCAGACAGUGGUGAUUAUGAGAAUCAUUG